AUGGCAUUGGCGGGAGUGCCGUCCUUCUACCGGUGGCUGGUGGAGAAGUACCCCGCCAUCGUCGCCCCCGCUCCCCCCGCCAUUGACGACGACCAAGAACUCGAAGAUGCCGCCGCCGGGGUGUGGCACGACAACCUGUACCUGGACAUGAACGGGAUCAUCCACCCCUGCUUCCACCCGGAGGACCCGUCAUCAUCUUCCCCGGCUCCGGCCACCUUCGACGACGUCUUCCGGGCCAUCUUCGCCUACACCGACCACCUACUCCGCAUCGCCAGGCCCCGGAAACUCCUCUACCUCGCCCUUGACGGCGUGGCACCUCGCGCCAAGAUGAACCAGCAGCGGGCCAGGCGGUUCAAGUCCGCCAUUGCCGCCAAGGACGCCGAGGUGGAGGAGAAGCUCCUGAGGGAGAGGUUCAGGGCGGAGGGGAAGGAGCUGCUGCCACCACCGCCGGUGCCGGUCGACGCCGAGGCGCUGUUGGACCCGAACGUGAUCACGCCGGGGACGGAGUUCAUGGAGAAGCUCUCCGCCGCGCUCCAGUACUACGUCCGGGCACGCCUCAACGCCCACCCCCGCUGGAAGCACCUAAAGGUGAUACUAUCUGAUGCAAAUGUGCCUGGAGAAGGGGAGCACAAGAUCAUGUCCUUCAUCCGCGCACAGCGCAGCUCCCAAGGCUACGAUCCCAACACGCGCCACUGUCUCUAUGGGCUGGAUGCGGAUCUGAUCAUGCUUGCUUUGGCGUCUCACGAAGUCCAUUUCUCGAUUUUGCGAGAGACAGUACAUCUAAGCAUGGCCAGCCAAAAUGAACUAGCAUUGUUUGCUGUUGCAUCGGGGCUGAGAAUCCUCUUUCGCUAA